AUGAGCUUAGAUUUGGAACCAAGUAUCGAAACACAACAACUAAUGCAGAAUGAGGGGGAAGAUGAGGAGCAGAAGGUUUCUCCAACAGCAACCUCUCCGGUAACUAGUAAUAAAAUGUCGAGCGGUGCAGCAAGUCUUACAUCUAAAAAUGCUCAGGGCUUCUCAAACACAGGCAACAGUCUUAAUGAUUCCACUAAAAUGUCGUAUGUCAAUGAAAGAAGACAACAUCGUGACUUCAUGCGUUCCUACAAUAAUAGGCCUAAGCAUAUACCUAAAGAAACACCAGAUGUCAAGCACAUGGAGAAGGCUCUUUUAGAUUUACUUGAAGAUUUCCAUACAGGAAAAUUAAGUGCAUUUAGUACAGGCUGUAGUAUGGAACAAAUGGUUAAUGUAAGGGAUCAGCAAGAGCAUUUGGCUCGGCUGCAUUUUAAAUUAUAUGGUGAUCCAGAGAAACCAUCUGAAGAAAAUUUUGAAAACUCUUCACCAAAAGAUAAGAUGACUCAACUUGUACAGAGUUUAGAGCAAUUGUCUGCAUCAAUUGAACAUUUGCAGUCAGAUGAAGCUGUUAGUUCUAGUAAUGAUAAAAAAGAGUCAUAA